AGUUUAAAAUUUGUGUCACUUUUGGUAAGUUUUGUUUGUAAGAAUCAUCUAAUAUUUUAAGAUUUAUUAACAUAACAUUAUUCAUAAGUAUCUCUUAUUAUCUUUUUAUGACUAUAGGCUUUGUAGUGAUGGCUGUCUUCUUUUCUCUGAUGGUGGAGAUUGAGCUUUUUCCUAGUUUUUUCUUAGUCAUGACAGGGUUUAUCAAUUAUAAUAAUCUCAAAGAGCCAAGUUUAGACUUUCAAUUCAAUUAAUAGAUGUUUGUUUUGUAUUUCAUUAGUCUCUUCUCUUUAUCGUUUUCCUCUUCCUACUUUCCUUAGGUUUUUUUUUUCAUUUCAAGUUUUAAUGAAAGCUUGUAUGUAAGAUCACUUUAUUCGUAAACCUUCUCAAUUGUUUCUUCCUUGUAUUUGCCCUUUUACUUUUCUACUUGGCGAGAUUUGGCUUUCCGUUCAAAGAUCUUUUUGUGGUCUUCGUCCAGUUUUGGCCUAGUGAUACCCACCUUGCAGGGGUGAAUGCCUACACGGACAGUUGUGCCAUUUGCCUUCUCCUGCUGCACCUACCAGUGUAGAGGACAUAUUUCUUCCUGUAAACCUGGACUACUUCGCCAGUUUGCUGACCUUUAUAAUGUCCUCAUACAGCCUGAAUUUCAUCAUCCUUUUGGAUGGGCAUGGAUCAAACAUUGUACUUCUCAGCUCUUUGGAAAGAGGGAAAGACAUAAGGUGCAUUGAAAUACCUUUUGUGGUUUUGCUUUGGUUGGAAGUCAAAAAGGGAUUGGACUUCAUUUUGGUUGCACUCACUUCAGUGAUGGCCACCAAAGGGAAGGGAACUACAUGCUGCUUCUGGUUCUGUACCUAUAUUUUAUUGUCUAUUUUUUUUUCCCCCAGCUUCUUGAUGUGGAUACUUAACUAAUUUUCAGCCUUUCUUAUUUUCUGAUAUACACAUUUACAGUUGUAGGUAUUAAAGCUGUUGGCAUUUCUGUAGUUUUAACUGUGUCCGCCAAAUUUUGAUAUGGUUUAUUCUUAUCUUCAUUAAGUUCAAGAGUAUUUUCUAAUUUCUACUGUGAUUUCUCAUAAGUUAUUGAAAAAGAUGUGGCCUAAUUUUAAAACUACCUUCAUUGUCAUUGAUUUCUAGUUUACUUGGGUUGUUGUCAGAGAACUUACCCUGAAUUAUUUCAUCAUUUGAAACCUUCUUGAGUCUUUUCAUGUUCUCUGGUUAUAUUUGGUAAAUGUUCGGCGUGCACUUGAAAAUAACAUAUAUCAAUUUUUUUCUGUCACUUAGAAAAGUGUAUUAAAUAUUAAAUUCUCCUAUGAGUGUGAAUUUCUCUAUUCUUAUAUUCUGUCAAUCUUUUUAUUUUGAAGCUACAUUUUUAACCAUACAGAUUUAAAGAUCUUAUACUUUCCUGGUAUAUUAACCGUUUUUAUCUUUAUGAAAUAAAUCAUGCUUUGUAUCUAGUAUGAUGUUUGCUGUGAAGCCUCGUUUGUUUAAUAUUGGUACACCUGCACCACGACUACUUUUGUUGGUGUUCUAAUAGAAUUUCUUUCUGCAUUCUUUUACAAAUGUACCCCUCUGUCCUUAUACGUAAGUUGUAUCUCUUGUAAGCAGCCUAUAGGUAUCUUUUCUAAGUAUGGCCUGAUAAUCUUUGUCUUUAAUUGAUAUGCUGAUUUUAAGUACAUUUAAGCCUGUUUUGAGACAUAGUUUUCUGCCUGAUUCAUCAUUUUAUGUUCCCUUUUCUUUUUUGCAUUCUUUUGGCUCAAUAAGUAUUUUUAAAUGCCUUUAUACCUCACCAUCCAUUAGCCUGCUAUUUAUACAUUCUUUAUACUUUUUUUCUUUGAGACAUGGUCUCACUCUUUGAGUUGCCCAGGCUGGAGUGCAGUGGUGCGAGCAUAGUUCCCUGCAGCCCCAAACCCCUGGGUGCAAAUGAUUCUCCUGCUUCACUCUCCCAAGUAGCUGGGACUACAGGUGCCCACCACCAUGCCUGGCUACAUUUUUAUCUUUUAUUUUUUAAAGACAGGAUCUUGCUAUAUUGCCCUUAAACUCUUGGCCUCAAAUUAUCCUCCUGCCUUAGUCUCCCAAGUAGCUGGGACUGCAGGUGUAAACCACUAUUCCUGGCCCUUUUCACCUCUUGAUAGUACCCUUUGAUGCACAAAAGUUUUUUAUUUGUGUGUUUAUUUAUUUAUUUUGAGACACGGUCUCGCUCUGACGCCCAGGCUAGAGUGGUGCCAUCUUGGCUCACUGCAACCUCUGUCUCCUAGGUUCAAGUGAUUCUCGUGCCUCAGCCUCUGGAGUAACUGGGAUUACAAGCAAAUUCUACCACCUCUGGCUAAUUUUUUUUUUUUUUUUGAGACAGAGUUUUACUCUUGUUGCCCAGGCUGGAGUGCAAUGGGGCGAUCUCGGUUCACUGCAAUCUUUGCCUCCCGGGUUCAAGCGAUUCUCCUGCCUCAGCCUCUUAAGUAGCUGAUUACAGGCAUGCACCACCAUGCCCGGCUAGUUUUGUGUUUUUAGUAGAGUUGAGGUUUCUCCAUGUUGGUUAGGCUGGUCUCAAACUCCUGACCUCAGGUGAUCUGCCCUCUUCGACCUCACAAAGUAUUGGGAUUACAGGCGUGAGCCACCACGCCCAGCCUUAUUAAUUUUUGUAUUUUUAGUAGAGAUCGGUUUUUGCUAUGUUGGUCAGGCUGGUCUUGAACUCCUGGCCUCAAGUGAUACACCUGCCUCAACCUCCCAAAGUGCUGGGAUUAUAGGCAUGAGCCACAGCGCCCAUCCUUCACAAAAGUUUUAAAUUUUAACGAAGUGUAAUUUAGGUUUUUUCCCUUUGGUUAUUUGUAGCUUUUGGUGUCAGAUUUAAGAUACUGUUGCCAGAUUCAUAGUUAUGAAGCUUAUGUUUUUCUUCUAAGAGUUUUAUAAUUUUAGUCCUUAAAUUGAAGUCUUUGAUCUGAUUUAAUUUUUGUAAUGGUGUGAGGUGAAGGUCUGAAUUCUUUUUUUUUUUUUGAGACAGAGUUUUGCUCUUGUUGCCCAGACUGGAGUGCAAUGGUGGGAUCUCGGCUCACUGCAACCUCUGCCUCCCAGGUUGAAGCAAUUCUCUUGCUUCAGCCUCCCGAGUAGCUGGGAUUACAGGCACCUGCCACCAUGCCUGGCUAAUUUUUUUAUUUUAGUAGAGAUGGGGUUUCACCAUGUUAGCCAGGCUGGUCUCGAAUUCCUGAUGUCAGGUGAUCCAUCUGCCUUGGCCUCCCAAAAUGCUGGGAUUAUAGGCCACUAUGCCCAGCCUUUAUUUUUUGCCUGUGUAUAUCCGCUUCUGCUAGAACUAUUUAUUGAAGAGACUAUUUGCCUCAUUGAAUGAUACUGCCAUUCUUGUCAGAAAUCAGUGGAUACUAUAUAUAUGUGUGUUUACUUCUGGACUCACUAGUGUCUCCGUCCUUUCGCAAAUUUCACACGGUUCUUAUGUGGCAACGAUACUUUAUGUCAAGACACAUUAAAAUAAGUACGUAGCCAUUAGAAUUAGUUAUUUAUGUAUCACUUAAAGUCACCUUGAAAAUUGCCGGUGGUACCUGUCAGAAGAGACUGCAUAUUUUUAGGAAAUACAUACUUUUGCAUCACUGGACAGCAAACUAGGCUCAAAUACUCAACGUCACAUUUAUCAGCUUAAAAGUGCUUGGCAGAGAAUAUUCAACGGAUGGGUUAAAAAUAUGUGGAGUGAAGUACAUUGAUCUUGGGCACAGUAGUGAGAAAGAGACAACUGUCUUUAUUGUGUUAAUUUUCAUAAAAUGAUUAUUUAGGAGAGCAACCAGUCUUUCCAUCCCAUGACUAAGACAGGGCCUUACCAGCUCUAGGAGAUUAUGGUUAAGUAAACAGUAGAGAUUUUUACUGUAGAAAAUAAUGUAUAGCGAUCUAACCCUUUAAUGCCUUUAUCACUCAGGGACUUCACUGUGGUAGGAGGAGUGCGGUGAGGUGUGGAAAGCCGUGGAAAUUUCAGGGAUUGCCGUUGUGAUGGCUGUGAUUCCAGAUGGAGUCACAGUUUACGGUUUAGUGCAGGAGUCGGCAAGCGUUCUUUCUGUCAAGGGUCAUAUGGCAGCGCGCAGAUGAAGAAAGAAGACAUUGGUGGCACCCUAAGAAAUCUUCAUUAAGCUCCAUCCCAGUAAGGACCCUCCUCUUUGCUACCAGCCACUUUCCUGAUUUCUAACGACAAAGUCUGGCCCCUCUGCUGUAGGACUGCUGAGGUCCACUCCAGGCCCUGCUUGCCUGGGGAUCACCUGCAGCGGCUGCAGAAGAGUAAGGGUUGCUUCCAGUUUCUUCUGCUGCUCUCUUUGUCCCAGAAGGAUACCCGCCAGAGUUGCAUGGUUGACUCUGUCUACCAGGUGUUCCAGUCAUCUGUUGAAAAGGCACCGGAAUCUGUGUCAUUUCCCAUGUGGCAACCCACUGUGCCAGAUGAAAUAGCCAUGCUGAGAUUCAUGAUGCUUUUUUGCCCAGGAAUCUCCUGGCCUGGCUCCAUUUCAGUUCCCUUUUUAAUCAGUUGAAUGGGUGACUCUGUCUGCCAGGAGCUCCAAUCGCCAGGUAAAAUGGCACCCGGACCUGGGUGUUUUGUAUGGAGAACUGCUUUGCAGGGGCGCCAGCAAAUCAGCCGCAUGGGUGAAAACAGCCUUGCCAGCUAAAUCAGCUGGGCUGGCCAAACCAACGGUGCUGGUGACCCUUGGGGCUCCUCUGCCUGGGAAUCUCCUGGUCUGUGGGCAAUAAAAAUCCAUCUGGAAAUGCGGCGUCCACUCACCCUCUGUGCUUUUGCUGGGAGCUGCAAUCCUGAGGUGCUCCUAAUCAGCCUUCUUGGAUCCCUCCCCUACAGUCUUUCUUUAGAAAGAAAAAUUUACAGAUAGAAUUUCAAAGGGAGUUGAUGUUCCUUUAAAAAAUGAGGGAGACUUAAUAACAUUAAGCAUGAAAAGAAAGAGUUUACAUGAAUACAUACAGAUGCUGACAAAAUGAGCAUUGAAAUGCCUGGGUAAAGGUGAACUUUUGUUUUUUUGAGAGAGAGAGUCUCACUCUGUCACUGAGGCUGGAGUGCAGUGCUUAGAUCUCAGCUCACUGCAACUUCUGCCUCCAGGGUUCAAGUGAUUCUUUUUACUGCAUCCUGUUUUAUCAGCAUGGUCUUUAUAACCUGUUUUGUUUUUUUUUUGAGAUGGAGUCUUGCUCUGUCGCACAGGCUGGAGUGCAGUAGCGCAUCUCAGCUCACUGCAACCUCCAUCUCCCAGGUUUAAGCAGUUCUACUGCCUAAGCCUCCUGAGUAGCUGGGAUUAUAGAUUCGCACCACCACGCCCAGCUAAUUUUAGUAUUUUUAAUGGAGUCAGAGUUUUACCAUGUUGGUCAGACUGGUCUUGAACUGCUGACCUCAGGUGAUCCACCUGUCUUGGCCUCCCAAAGUGCUGGGAUUACAGGCAUGAGUCACUGCACCUGGCCAGGUGAACCUGUCUUGGAAAACAGUUUGCUGUAAGAAUAUGAGCAAACUGACACUAUUAGGGACCAUUUACUGAGUUUCAUAACAGAUAUUUAUCAUGUCACACUUGUACUUUAUAUCAUUUUUAUGGCAAAUACCAAAGUUUUGGAAUUUAAUUGUUUCACUGAAACAACUCAUGCCUUUGAUAACUAGGGUCCUGCUUUGGCUUGGCUCUUAAUUGAAUAAACAGUCUUAGGCUUACAUAUUAAUUUAUGUUAUUGCUGACAAAAUCCAAGUUUGUCUGUUGUUUUUACACUAGGCUUAAAGUAGCAACUGAGGUCCUUGUAUUUUGUUUGUUUGUUUGUUUGUUUGAGAUGGAGUUUUCCUCUUGUCUCCCAGGCUGGAGUGCAAUGGUGCGAAUCUCAGCUUACUGCAACCCCUGCCUCCCAGGUUCAAGCAAUUCUCCUGCCUCAGCUUCCAGAGUACCUAGGAUUACAGGCUUGGGCCACCAUGCCUGGCUAAUUUUUGUAUUUUUAGUAGAGACGGGGUUUUGGUAUGUUGGCCAAGAUGGUCUUGAACCCCUGACCUCAGGUGAUCUGCCCCCCCCUUGGCCUCCCAAAGUGUUGGGAUUACAGACAUGAGCCACUGCGCAUGGCCCAGCAACUGGGGUCUUAUCUCAGAAGCCAUUAUCUUAAGCAUAAGUAAUUAGGAGAGUGUCCUGGAUUAUUAAUUGAAAAUUAGUACUAGUUAUGCCACUGGUUAAUUAUGUAAAUUUGACUAAGUGGCUUCAUUUCUCUGGGUGUGAGUUUUCUUAGCUGUACAACAAGGGCGUGGACAAUAUGACUCACCUCCCCCCCACCUCCCAUAAAGUUAUUUUAUUUAUGUUUAAUUAUUUUUGGUAAUACAUUAUCAGGAUUCAGCAUUCACCUGUGAUAAUUAUGUAUGUCUCCCUCACCAGCCCCCAUUUCCAGUCAGAUAGUUGCCUUUUUCACAGGCAACCAAUGCUACUUUUUUCCUGUGGUUUUACAGGUAUUUUUUUUGAAUAUAUAAGUAAAUGCAUGGUAUAUCUCUGCUCCCUGAGACUUUUUUUUUUUUUUUAGAAGUGAUACCAUUCAGAACAUACUCCUUUUCCUGUUGAAUACAGGUUAGGGAUGAAUUUUCCAUAUGAGUUACAUUUCAUUUCCAUUUGAGUACCCCCUUAUGAGUAAAUCCAUUUGAACAGAUAAUCAGUAAGAUUCAGAAAGGACUGGCGUCUUCUCUGGUUCACUGUACGAUUCAGAAAGGGCAGGAGUCUUCUCCGGUUCUCUCUACUUCCCAGUGCAGGUGCUUUUGAGUAACAGGCGAGUGCUCCUUUCUGGAAGAAAGCAGGUGCCCGUGGCUGGUGGUGGUAGCCAGUCUGAGCAUUUGGCUUUCUGAGAGACUCUACAAAGAAAAUUAUGCAGACUUAUUUCAGCCAGCUCUUGGGAACAACCACGUGGGCCAGAUGGAGUUUUAACAUUGAAUGCGGAGAACACUAAUUAUGCCUAUCAAGUUCCAAACUUCCAUAAAUGUGAAAUCUGUCUGCUAUCUUUUCCAAAAGAAUCCCAGUUUCAACGCCACAUGAAGGAUCACGAGCGAAAUGACAAGCCACAUCGAUGUGACCAGUGCCCCCAAACAUUUAAUGUUGAAUUCAACCUGACACUUCAUAAAUGCACUCACAGCGGGGAAGAUCCCACCUGCCCUGUGUGUAACAAGAAAUUCUCCAGAGUGGCUAGUCUCAAAGCGCAUAUUAUGCUACAUGAAAAGGAAGAGAAUCUUAUCUGUUCUGAGUGCGGGGAUGAGUUCACUCUGCAGAGUCAGCUGGCCGUGCACAUGGAGGAGCACCGCCAGGAGCUGGCUGGAACCCGGCAGCAUGCCUGCAAGGCCUGCAAGAAAGAGUUUGAGACUUCCUCGGAGCUGAAGGAACACAUGAAGACGCAUUACAAAAUUAGGGUAUCAAGUACAAGGUCUUAUAACCGGAACAUCGACAGAAGUGGGUUCACGUAUUCAUGUCCGCACUGUGGGAAGACAUUUCAAAAGCCAAGCCAGUUAACGCGACACAUUAGGAUACACACAGGUGAAAGGCCGUUUAAAUGUAGUGAAUGUGGAAAAGCUUUUAACCAGAAGGGGGCGCUGCAGACACACAUGAUCAAGCACACAGGUGAAAAACCCCACGCCUGUGCCUUCUGUCCUGCCGCCUUCUCUCAGAAAGGGAAUCUUCAGUCGCACGUGCAGCGAGUCCACUCAGAGGUUAAGAAUGGUCCUACCUACAACUGUACGGAAUGUAGCUGUGUAUUUAAAAGUCUAGGCAGCUUAAACACGCACAUCAGCAAGAUGCAUAUGGGUGGGCCACAGAACUCAGCAAGUUCUACAGAGACUGCUCAUGUGUUAACAGCCACACUCUUUCAGACGUUACCUCUUCAACAGACGGAAGCCCAAGCCACGUCAGCCUCCGGCCAGCCGAGCUCCCAGGCGGUGAGCGACGUCAUCCAGCAGCUCCUGGAGCUCUCGGAGCCGGGGCCGGUGGAGUCGGGUCAGUCCCCGCAGCCCGGGCAGCAGCUGAGCAUCACAGUGGGCAUCAACCAGGACAUUUUACAGCAAGCCUUAGAAAACAGUGGGCUGUCUUCAAUUCCAGCUGCAGCACACCCAAAUGACUCCAGCCACGCCAAGCCUUCUGCAGCACAGGUUCAAAACCCAGAUGUUUCCAGUGUUUCAAAUGAGCAGACGGACCCUACGGACGCAGAGCCAGAAAAAGAACAGGAAAGCCCAGAGAAACUAGAUAAAAAAGAAAAAAAAAUGAUAAAGAAGAAAUCACCAUUUCUACCCGGCUCAAUCCGUGAGGAGAACGGUGUGCGAUGGCACGUGUGUCCCUACUGCGCCAAGGAGUUCCGCAAGCCCAGCGACCUGGUGCGCCACAUCCGCAUCCACACCCACGAGAAGCCCUUCAAGUGCCCGCAGUGCUUCCGUGCCUUCGCCGUGAAAAGCACACUGACGGCCCACAUCAAGACGCACACUGGCAUCAAGGCAUUCAAGUGCCAGUACUGCAUGAAGAGCUUCUCCACCUCGGGCAGCCUCAAGGUGCACAUCCGCCUGCACACAGGAGUUAGACCUUUUGCUUGUCCUCACUGUGACAAAAAGUUUCGAACCUCAGGCCAUAGGAAGACUCACAUUGCUUCCCACUUUAAACAUACGGAAUUAAGGAAAUUGAGGCACCAGCGAAAACCUGCAAAGGUUCGUGUUGGCAAGACGAAUGCUCCAGUCCCUGACAUUCCUUUGCAGGAACCAAUCCUCAUAACUGACUUAGGUCUUAUCCAGCCCAUUCCAAAAAACCAGUUUUUCCAAAGCUAUUUUAAUAAUAAUUUUGUAAAUGAAGCAGAUAGACCAUACAAGUGUUUUUACUGUCAUCGUGCAUAUAAAAAAUCUUGCCACCUUAAACAACACAUCAGAUCCCAUACAGGUGAAAAACCUUUUAAAUGCUCUCAGUGUGGAAGAGGCUUUGUUUCUGCGGGCGUGCUCAAAGCGCAUGUCCGAACACACACGGGACUGAAAUCUUUCAAGUGUCUGCUAUGUAAUGGGGCUUUCACUACUGGUGGCAGCUUACGGCGACACAUGGGAAUUCACAACGACCUUCGUCCGUAUAUGUGUCCCUAUUGCCAAAAAACAUUUAAGACUUCACUAAAUUGCAAAAAGCACAUGAAAACCCACAGAUAUGAACUUGCCCAGCAGCUCCAACAGCAUCAGCAGGCAGCCUCGAUAGAUGCCAGCACUGUGGACCAGCAGAGCAUGCAGGCCUCCACCCAGAUGCAGGUGGAGAUCGAGAGCGACGAGCUGCCGCAGACAGCGGAGGUGGUCGCAGCGAACGCUGAGGCCAUGCUAGACCUGGAGCCUCAGCACGUGGUGGGCACAGAGGAAGCAGGGCUGGGCCAGCAGUUGGCAGAUCAGCCCCUGGAAGCAGAUGAAGAUGGGUUUGUGGCUCCGCAGGACCCUCUGCGAGGGCCCAUAGAGCAGUUUGACGAACAGACCCCUGCGCAGCAGCCCUUCGAGCCAGCAGGGCUGCCCCAAGGUUUUACAGUGACUGAUACAUACCAUCAGCAGCCUCAGUUUCCACCUGUCCAGCAGCUACAGGAUUCCAGCACACUUGAGUCUCAGGCCCUCUCCACAAGCUUCCACCAGCAGAGCUUGCUGCAGGCUCCCAGCUCUGAUGGGAUGAGUGUAACAACUCGCUUGAUUCAGGAGUCAUCCCAAGAGGAGUUGGACCUACAGACGCAAGGUUCCCAAUUUCUAGAGGACAGCGAGGACCAGAGCAGGCGCUCUUACAGGUGUGACUAUUGCAACAAAGGCUUUAAGAAGUCCAGCCACUUGAAGCAGCAUGUGCGGUCGCACACAGGGGAGAAGCCCUACAAGUGCAAGCUCUGUGGACGUGGCUUUGUUUCCUCUGGGGUCCUCAAGUCCCAUGAGAAGACACACACAGGAGUGAAGGCGUUCAGCUGCAGCGUGUGCAGUGCCUCCUUCACCACCAAUGGCAGCCUCACCCGGCACAUGGCCACACACAUGAGCAUGAAGCCUUAUAAAUGUCCAUUUUGUGAGGAGGGUUUCCGAACUACAGUGCAUUGUAAAAAGCACAUGAAGAGACACCAAACCGUCUCCUCUGCUGUGUCAACCACUGCAGAGACAGAAGGAGGAGACAUUUGUAUGGAGGAAGAGGAAGAACUUCCCGACAGAAAUGCGUCACGAAAGUCUCGUCCUGAGGUCAUCACUUUCACAGAGGAGGAGACAGCCCAGUUAGCCAAGAUCCGUCCGCAGGAGAGUGCCACGGUGUCAGAGAAGGUCCUGGUGCAGUCUGCAGCAGAGAAGGACCGCAUCAGCGAGCUGAGGGACAAGCAGGCGGAGCUGCAGGACGAGCCGAAGCAUGCCAACUGCUGCACCUACUGCCCCAAGAGCUUCAAGAAGCCCAGCGACCUGGUGAGGCAUGUUCGAAUCCAUACUGGAGAAAAGCCGUACAAAUGUGAUGAAUGUGGAAAGAGUUUUACUGUGAAAUCCACUCUCGACUGCCAUGUGAAGACUCACACAGGUCAGAAGCUCUUCAGCUGUCACGUCUGCAGCAACGCCUUCUCCACAAAGGGAAGUCUGAAGGUCCACAUGCGUCUGCACACGGGAGCCAAGCCCUUCAAAUGCCCGCACUGCGAGCUGCGUUUCCGUACCUCGGGUAGAAGGAAGACGCACAUGCAGUUUCAUUAUAAACCGGACCCGAAGAAGGCCAGAAAGCCUGUGACUCGAAGUUCGUCAGAAGCACUGCAGCCCGUCAGCCUCCUCAACUCCUCCUCCACCGACCCCAGCGUGUUCAUCAUGAACAACUCCGUUCUAACAGGACAGUUCGAUCAGAAUCUGCUGCAACCAGGGCUGGUGGGCCAAGCUAUUCUUCCCGCCUCCGUGUCAGCUGGGGGUGACCUGACAGUGUCUCUGACAGAUGGGAGCCUGGCUACCCUAGAAGGCAUCCAGUUACAGUUGGCUGCUAACUUGGUAGGACCAAAUGUACAGAUUUCUGGAAUUGAUGCCACCAGCAUUAAUAACAUUACAUUGCAGAUUGAUCCGAGCAUUCUGCAGCAGACAUUACAGCAGGGCAACCUGCUGGCUCAGCAGCUCACGGGGGAGCCUGGCCUGGCCCCACAGAACAGCUCUCUGCAGACAUCGGACAGCACAGUUCCCGCCAGUGUUGUCAUCCAGCCCAUCUCAGGCCUGUCCUUACAGCCCACGGUGACCUCUGCGAAUCUGACCAUAGGCCCCCUGUCUGAGCAGGAUUCCGUGCUGACCACUAACAGCAGUGGGACUCAAGACCUCACUCAAGUGAUGACUUCGCAAGGUCUGGUAUCCCCCUCCAGCGGUCCCCACGAGAUCACCCUGACCAUUAACAACUCCAGCCUGAGCCAGGUCCUGGCACAGGCCACUGGGCCCACGGCCACGUCUUCCUCGGGGUCUCCACAGGAAAUUACCCUGACCAUCUCCGAACUUAACACUACAAGCGGAAGCCUUCCUUCAACAACACCGAUGUCUCCAUCGACCAUCUCAACUCAGAACCUGGUCAUGUCCUCGUCGGGCAUGGGAGGUGAUGCUAGCGUUACGCUGACACUGGCCGAUACUCAGGGCAUGCUGUCUGGAGGCCUGGACACUGUCACACUCAACAUUACCUCUCAGGGUCAGCAGUUCCCAGCACUCCUCACGGAUCCCUCUGUCUCCGGCCAGGGUGGAGCAGGCUCACCACAAGUCAUACUAGUGAGCCACACACCACAGUCUGCGUCUGCCGCUUGUGAAGAAAUAGCCUACCAGGUUGCUGGCGUCUCUGGGAACCUGGCCCCGGGCAGCCAGCCCGAGAAGGAGGGCCGGGCACACCAGUGCCUGGAAUGUGACCGCGCCUUCUCAUCGGCGGCGGUGCUGAUGCACCACAGCAAAGAGGUGCACGGCCGGGAGCGCAUCCAUGGCUGCCCCGUGUGCAGGAAGGCCUUCAAGCGCGCCACGCACCUGAAGGAGCACAUGCAGACGCACCAGGCCGGCCCCUCUUUGAGCUCCCAGAAGCCAAGAGUGUUUAAAUGCGACACUUGUGAGAAGGCGUUUGCCAAACCAAGCCAGCUGGAGCGCCACAGCCGCAUCCACACAGGGGAGCGGCCAUUCCAUUGCACGCUUUGUGAGAAAGCCUUCAACCAGAAGAGCGCGCUGCAGGUGCACAUGAAGAAGCACACGGGAGAGCGGCCCUACAAGUGCGCCUACUGCGUCAUGGGCUUCACGCAGAAGAGCAACAUGAAGCUACACAUGAAGCGGGCGCACAGCUAUGCUGGAGCACUGCAGGAGCCUGCAGGUCACCCGGAACAGGACGGGGAGGAGCUGAGCCGGACCCUCCACCUGGAGGAGGUGGUACAGGAGGCCACGGGCGAGUGGCAGACCCUCACCCACGUCUUCUGAUGCGAGUCGCAAGUACACCUUUCAGAACGUUUCUGAAGUUACAUUUUUUGAAGAACAAAGCACUUGGAAUCUCUGUUUUAAAGCUUCAAGUGUUAAAAACGUUACCACAAUAGUUUUUCAGCUAUAAAAUUAUCUAAAGAAUCAUUGUCUUUCAGAGACUCACAGGAAAAAAACUGGGAAAAGUGUCACCGCGUUGUUCUCUCGUCUACAAAUCACUGAACUCAGGUACUACAGUGGGCAGUUUCCUCCUCAGUCUCCUCCGUGGCCAGUGCGUCUAGUCCACAUAGCAGUUAACUGAGUCUUACUAUCAUUGUAGUGUGAUUUCUUUGUAUUAGCAAAGACAAAAAAGCUAACAUGGCAAAAGUCUGUAAGAUUGUUCUUCAGGCUUCCGGUUAUGAGAAGCAUAGCUUACAAAGGAAGCGUAAGAUUGGUGCAUGAAGUUCACAGGAAAAUGUUCCUAUACACAGGGGAGUUUUCCACUCUUUUCUCUGUGCAUUUUGAAAAUUAGUGAACAUUGACUCUUUUUAGUCUACCAUAAGUUAAUAUAACUGAUACCUUGAGAGAUGGCUGGACCAAUUCUCUCCAUGACAAAUAUUUAAUCAUUAGUUACAAGAAUGCAGUAUCUGGGGCGUCAACACAGGGACUUGAGUAAACCUGACCCACAAAUAAGGAUUCAACUGUCCACAUGGGCUGGUGACACGCUUAUUGCAUCAAUCUAUGAUCAGGUACAGGGGUUAGAUCAUUGCAGAAGCACAAGCCAUACAUCGCAAGUAGGAAAUCACAGAAUUGUCUGCUAGGAACAGGUAACCGUGGCCCUGUCCACCUCAGCAAAUAAGAAGCAUAUUUGUAGCUUAUGGUUUAGAAUCCAUAAAAACCCCAUGACUUUCUCUUUGUGCAUAAACAGAUGUGUUUUUGAUUUCAGGGAAUUCUUCAGUAUCGUCAAUGGUGCCACAUUAAACAUGUCCCAAACCAAAUCCCACCCGUGCUGGGCAGAGUGUGUGCACACCAUUCCUACAGCAUUCCAAAGAUGGAAGGUUCUUUACUUCAUGUUGAUUUUUCCUUUGAAAUUAUUUAUAUGUUCUAUAUAUAAAUACAUAUGUACAUAGAUAUAUGGGCCUCUGUGUGGCUGAACAGUAUAUUUUGUAAAUAUAAGCACUGGUCCUAAUUGCAGAAAGAGCGUCUGAGUGUCACCUCCCCACGAGCACUUCAGAUCAGUAUUGCAUUCAUUUUAUUAAUAAAUGGAUAUCUUUUUCAUUGUAAUAUAAAGCUGGGUUUUAUUUUUUUUCCUGAAAAAUAAUUGCCUUUAUUUUCUCUCAUUGCCUCCUUGAUUUCAGAAGAGAAUAGUUUUAUUAUAAAUAUUGUAUGGACUUUGUAUAUUAAGAGAGGAGCUCAUUUCAGUUUCCUAAAGAAAUAGACAUUUUACUUUUACUUUGAAAGGGCCUCUUUUGAUUUUUGUUGUUGUUCACUUUUGGCAUAUGUAUAUAAGUAAUACUGAUGAUGAUAUGAAAACUUUGUUAUGUGAAAAUAUUUAAGUCAGAAAAUUGUUAAAUAAUAUUACUUCUUUUCCAAACUGUUUUGUCUAUUGUAUAUUUUUUUAAGAAAAAGAAAAGCCUUAUUUGACUUAUUCUUGUGAUACUGGACUUCUUACCAGUCCCGAGGUUUCCUUCCUUGAAUGUCUGUGGGAACCUGGCUGUAAUUGGCAUAUGCAGAAUAAUUGUAAUUGUGCUAGAGUUUUAAAGGUUCUGCUUUUAAUGCACUUUUUAUUUUAUAAUUUUGUAUUGAAAUAUUUGAGAAAUGUUGAUUAAUUUUGGUGAACAAAUAUCCCCAAACUUUAAAUUACUGGAAUUUAAAAUUUUUGUUCUUGCUGGGUUAUUUAUUUGGAUUUUAGAAUUAAAUAUCAUCUCAGGACAGCUCUAAAAGGGGUUGUUUAAUUCCUAAUUGUAUAGAAAGCAUAGUUUGGUGAAUUGUAUUGGUUAAUUAACUAUUUAAGGCCUUAACAGGUGAAUCGAGAGCCAACUUUUAUUUUGGUUAAAGAAAAAGAAAAUAUCAAUCAUUCAAUUUUGUGUCUUUUCUGAAUUUAUUAGCAGGCAAACAUAAGACAUUUUAUGUAUUAUUUUGAUUUACUUCCUAAUUAUAAAAGAUGCUUUUUUGCAGAACAUUCCUUGAAAAUAUAAGGUUUUGAAAAGACAUAAUUUUACUUGAAUCUAUGUGGGGUACAGGUUGAUCUUUUUAUUUUACUGGUUGUUUUAAAAAUUCUAGAAAAGAGAUUUCUAGCCUCAUGUAUAACCAGGGUUUUGAGGAUAAUGAACUGUAUUUUUAGAACUAUCUCAUCGUAGCAUAUCUGCUUUGGAAUAGCUAUAAAUAAAAAAUGAAGUUAGGAUAUGUGAUUAAUUUUUUUUGUUUGAAAAUACUUAAAAUAGUUUGGCGUGUAAGUUAAUUUCAAGUUCAGAUAUUUUUAAGAGAGAACUUCAAUGGUAUUUUUCUUCAUUUCUGUGAAGUUUGGAGGAGCUUACCCCCAGAAUGUCCCCUGGAAAGGUGUCAGACUUUAAAAAUCAGGGUGUGGCUCUGCGGCAGUGAGUACCCCGGGCCUGUGCCACAGCUGCUCCUGUGCCCUUUCGUUUGCUCCCGUGCCCUUUCGUUUGCUGCUGUGUUCAACGGCACGCAGUCAUUUAGGAGCCUUUCAAAAGUUCCUAAGUGUCUUGAUCCUGCUUUUGUGCUCAGGUAGCUGUGCAGCAGGUAAGCUGAAAGAAUGAAUGGCCUUUGCAAAGAUACUGAACAUGAAGCUGAGUUGCAGGCAUUGAGGAAGCAGGAGGCACGAAGCGUGUGGAGUCCCGGUGGCUGUGUCUCCAAGGAACGGCAGUAGGUGAAAAGAAAGACCUUCUUUCAAAAAUGCAGAUUCAGAUGCCACCCCACCCCGACCAAGCUGUGCUUUUGCCCCCUUUAAAAACUUGAGGUGCUUAGAAAUUAUCUAAAUAGAAGAAAUUCUGUGACACGGCCUCUGCCAGCCAGGCCAGUGGGGGCUGAUCAAACGCCACCCUCAUCUUGCUGUGUUCUUCGGGUGGGACAUGGAACAUCUGUGCUUGUCCAGCACUUAAUCACGGGGUGUUCCCUCGCGCAUACUUUCUACACCCCAUUGGAACUUUUUAAGGAAACUUGAAUUUUGAAAUUAUAGCCAGUGUUCUGUGUCUUCCUUUGAACUCUUAUAUCACAUUUAUUGCAAGAGACGCACGUGUUCACACAGGUACAAGAUUUUUUACAGCAGAAGUGGAUUUCUGUUCUUGCUGUGAGUUUUCCUCUUUUUUAGAAGAAUAUUUGUAACUCGUUAGGAUACACAUUUUAACAUGAAAUGACCAUCACACAGAUUUAUUUUGGUAAUAUUCAGGAUAAAAUAGUUUGACAUGUACAUUAAUUUCAAGAUUUAUGUAUGUAACAUUUUUAAAGGAAAUUUGUAAGACACAUAGAACUGCUUUCUAGUUAAUAUUUCUAAGUCUGUCUGAUGUCUGCUUCUUACAUUUUUUUCUGAAGCUUAUUUCAAAAUUAAUAUCGCCCUCCCCCGCAAAAGAAGUUAAACCAAGGGUUGAUCAUUGUGAAUUUGUCCCUUUUGCAAGACCUACCGCGUAGGAAGUAAGUGAGGCAGAGGUGACAUCCUGCAAGUGUUAGUUCUGAAGGAAGAGCUCUCUCUGUGUCACUUACUCUGUGUUCGUGCAACGUGGGUACUUUGGAUCUUUUAGAAUAAAAUUUCAAAAGUGCGUACAUACAUAACGCAACUUAAUGUCGUAUCUCUACUUGGGGCCUCUACAUCUUUACCGCAUUCUAAUGAAAGGAUCAUACGCCAGAGGCCACAGAGCUGGCAUCUUCUUCACUGUGGAGAAAGUGGGAGCCACAGAGCUUUGUGUGGGUGAGAUGCCCACACAUGCCUAGAGAGACAUGUUCUUUGUCCUGGGGGCUGGGGGCUCACCCUCUGUGAACCGAUUCCCUCCUCAGACUGCCGCGCGGAUGAGCACACACUCGCCCUAACAGAGACCUUGGCAGUUCCUUAUGCGGAUGACUGACAUUGAAGGCACUAAAACAGGAAGUUUAGUAUAAAUGGCAGGAGCAAUAGGCAGUCAGGAGAGAUUUUUCUAUUGAAUCUUUUUGUGUGUAACAUUUUUACAGCAUGAAGACUUUUGUAUUCAAUCAAGAUUUGUAUCAUAAUUGACGGAUUCUAAAGUGGCAUAGGAAUUCGUUCUUGAUUCACCACUAAAGAAAAUUUUUAAGUUAAUUUUUUUUUAUUUAUGGAAGAAUUAUCUUUUUAUCUUCACUAUUGUUUCAUGGUCUAUUUAUACAUUGGAUGGUAUUUAUUUAAUCCAGUUUUGUAUUAGAAAUGGAUAGUGAUGCCGAAAGCCAUGGUGCUGGCUUUAAAACAAUAAAAAUAGUUUCUGUAUUAUUUUAAAACUCCUGUAUACUUAUUUGGGUGCUGGGUGACUCACAACUAUUUAAAGAUGGAUGCUUCCUCUAGGUCACGCUUGGCACGGCUCAGCACAUAGGGCAGUGCUGAUUUGACCAUCGGUUCAAGCCAGGGCAUUAAAUCCUGGAGGAUGUCCCCUGCUCCUCCUCUCUGCUUUCUCUCUGGUUUGAAAGGUGUUGAAGAGUGAGCGGAAGUGAAAUGCACAUCCAUCAUAAUAUCCGUGUGUCUGUUUAUGAGAUAUGCCAGGUCCUGGACUUCCCAGAGCACCCAUGGAGUUACUUUAUAUCAUCAGGUUCUUUUAAAAUACACAUUAAUCUGUUUUACUGUGCCUUACCUUUCCAAACUGUUGAAGAAGUCCGUAGUUGAGAGAGUCAUCAUUCUAUUGAAAUAAAUUUAUGAUGUAUUUCUUCUUGGAUCACCUUAUUUCUGGCACUGAGUAGGGACUCCAGACAUUUUUGGACUGAAAAAGUUAAAGUGAUAGUGACCUCCUGAAUGCAGCCAAGAGGGAAUGUUAGGAAAUUGCUUUACUGUUCUUUCUGCUUGUUUCUUUGCUUGUAGGAGCCAUAUUGCUCUGAUAGAUUUUGAAAUGGAGUGGGUGAAGGAAGGGCUUUUUUUAACUAUCAAAUUAUACAAAGUGUAUUCCCACUACGGUGGAUUGUCUCAACUACUGGCAGUGCUUUACCAGGUGAGUUUUACCCGGAGGCUGGGCUCCCUGUGCGAGUGAAUGGAGUGGUCCCCCUUAAGCAAGAGCAAAGGCUUGCACCUGCCAGUAUGCUGUGCGCUCGAAUGCUGGGAGGCAGGCAGCCUGCGCCCCCACUCAGAUGAGCUCUGGUGCACCUCUGGUGCUCCCUGUCCCUGGGCCAGCCAGUCACAUUCUCUAGGCCUGGCUCCUUGUCCCUGGGGUAAGUUAAUUGACUUUCUUUCUUUUCAGCUCUGCCUUCUACUUGGAUUCUCAGUUAACCGGCCAUGAGGCAGUGGGAGUCCCUCUGCAUGGGCCCUGGCAUUUCUGUUGGUCUUCUGCAGAUGUUCUUGUUGCGCUGUUUGUACAGAGUGCAGCGGGGGAGAUGGAGACGGCCUCUUUCUCCAGCGUGAAGGGAUGCUUGCUUACCGAUGGGUGUAAUGAAGACACUGUCGCCCUUCGUACCAAAGGCUGGGUAGGCGAAUUUCCAGUGAUCCCGCUGCCUUGGCCUGAGCAGCUGAAAUUCCGCUCCCCAAGCUCAGCCCCUCCCCUACCACGCCACCCACUCUGCAGGCAUCCCCUGGCCCAGUUUGCGUGGAGCUUUGGGGAUGGGGGCUUAAUUGUCCAAACAAAUGCUGUCUGGCUACCCCUGGUACUGUGAGUAAAAUCCCUUUUGUCACCCAGGAGCCUGUGUCUUCUGCCAGCAGCCAGGAGGCUGGGAGGCUGUCCUGGAAGGAAAUGGGAGAACCUGGGAUGCUUCAUGGCUGCUGACACUGGUCAGCUCACUCUGGAGGCCUGGGGACAGCCCUGGCUCAGCUUAUGAUAUGCAUGGAAGUUGUUAAAUACAUGUUACUGAUAUUCCACACCACCCCCAGUACUGCCCCCAUCAUUGAGGACAUUCUCUUGUGACUUGGCACCUUUGAAACAUUCAGUCCCUUAAGGCCCUACAGAAAGAAUGACAGAUGUCACUGGGCACACCCACGGAGAUGCCUCACACACCCCUUCUACCGAUUAGCAGAUGCUUCCCAGUGUUAUUAUUCUGGGCCAAUGAAGAGAGUUGUAUGUUACUAUUUUAGUAAUUAGAACAAAGAGAUCAUUGGUUACCUUGGUAACAAAGCUCUGUAAGAAAGAAAUUCUUACAUUUAACAUGAAGCAGCUCACUUUGCUGUUAGCCAAUUUUUUAGUAGUUCUGGGUAGCGAUGGACAACAGCUGGCCAGUCUGCCUCCAGAUGCUCCUUUUAUUUUUGAGGUAGGGUCUCACUUUGUCUCCAGGCUGGAGUGCAGGUGCAAUCAUGGCUCACUGCAGCCUCAACCUCCUGGACUCAGUGAUCGUCCCGCCUCAGCCUGCCGAAUAGCUGGGACUACGAUGCACACCCCGCACCCGGCUAAUUUUCAUUAUUUUGUUAGAGACAGGGUCUUGCUAUGUUGCCCAGGCUGGUCUCAAUGUCCUGGCUGCAGGUGAUCCCCACACCCUGGCCUUCACCUCCUGAGCAGCUGAAAGUAUGGGUGUGAGCCACUGCCCCGGCUCUUCACCAUGCACAUUUUCUCCAGUUACCUUUCAGUCACCUUUGCCAACUUCAGUAAUGCAAAGUCUUUGUCUUUUUUCUUUUUUUGAGACAGGGUCUUGUUCUGUUGCCCCGGCUGAAGGGCAAUGGCAAUGGUAUACUGGCUCACUGAAACUUCCACAUCCUGGGUUCAAGUGAUUCUCCUGCCUCAGCCUAUGGAGUAGCUGGGAUUACAGGCACACCCCACCACACCCGGCUAAUUUUGUAUUUUUAGUACAGACGGUGUUCCACCAUGUUGGCCAGGCUGGUCUUGAACUGCUGAGCUCAGGCCAUCCACCCCCGUCAGCCUCCCAAAGCGCUGGGAUUACAUUACAUAUGUGAGCCACCACACCUGGCCUGUUCUUUUUUUCUUUUCUUUCUUUCUUUCUUUCUUUUUUUUUUUUUUUAAAAGCAGUUUCAAGCUUACAGAAAAGCUGUAAGGAAAGAACUGAGACCUCUCCAUGUGCGGGUCUCCAUAGACCCCUCUCGCACUGCCCUCGUCUGAGUGAUGGUGUCUUCCAUGCACCACGCUGGCCAUAGCCUGGUAUUGUAGAUGAAACUGUCUCCCAGGAGACCUGAGAGCUGCCCAACAUGUGUGGCAGGGGCAUGAUCCUAAGGGCUUUUGCAACAACCUGCUCAAGGCAGGCAGGCAGGCAGGCAGGCUGCUGACCCUGGGGAGCAGCCUGGCCACCAUAUUGGAAGGGAGAUUUAACUCAGGAUCAUCUCUGCUUUUCACAUGAACUUUAAAUCAGAAGCGGGAACUUAGCUGAGAGGUGGAGGGGCCCUGGCUGCUGUGGGAGGUAGCGGAAGGAGUCACUGUUUUAUGGAUGCCCUCGAGUCUCAGCCUAUUAGCCAGCUCUAGGAGUCUGUAAGAUUCCAAAGCCAGAUAAGCCAUUUCCUGGUGGUGGGAAGUUGAGGUAAGAGGCUGGAGAAUGGGGAGCCCUGGCCUGCCUCUGAGACGAGGCCGGAGUUGCCUGGAAGGUGGAUGAGAGCGCAGGUUGAAAUCAGCCUGCUUGUACAAAACCAGACCAUUCAUUUUACUUCUGCGGCCGGUGCGGUCCGCGUCUCGCGCUGGAGAGCUGCAGUGGUUAACACACCGCACAGUCCGGUCUGUGCUGUUGGGUCAGCCUUUGCCUCCCUAUCACCUCGUUUAGGAUUUCAGUGACUAGCUGCUAUUUACAGUAGAGGAGUCACCAUAGAGACGCGUGCCGACGUGCUUCGCCUCGGAGGGGUCACCACAGAGACGCGCGACGACAUGCUUCGCCUCAGUGUCUUUUUCGGCAAAGAGCUGCUGCUAGACUGAAGGAAACCGGUGGUUCCGUUAAAAGCAAAAUGAAGGCCAGGAGCGGUGACGGGCGCCUGUGAUCCCAGCAUCGUGGGAGGCUGAGUAGCCAGAGACCCUCUGAUGAGGACGCCCUCCCACAGGCAGAAGGCAGCCCUGCCUGGAGCCCCAGAGGCACCCUGUCACAUUAGCUCCAAAGACCCGGCUCUUGCUUGACGACACGGGCCUGUGAGCUGCAGCCCGGGACACAAAAGAAGACACCGUUCAAAUUCCAUUAAAAGUUUAUUGUUUUAUUUCAA